AUGACUCAGUUGCAUUUGGAUAUGGGCUCACUCCAAACUAAGAAAGUGUUCCCAUUCACACAUAGAUUUUUCAGUGAAGAUGUUUCCAGCUAUGUUUUCCCAGGUACAGAAAUCCCAGUAGGAACUAGAGGAAGGAGGGAGGAGGAAGAGAAGGCAGCAGCUAAAGCUGACCCACUGAAGAAGAAGGAGGACUGGUUGAGUGCUGGCUUGGCUCACAAGAAAUGUCAAGACCAGGCAAAAGCCUUGGAGGCCCCGGGUGAAGGGCAGGACCUCCACACACCUGUCAGCCAGCUAGAUGCCUCCACAAGAGCACCACAACAGAUAGCUACUCCACAGGACAAGGCACAGAGCACAAAUGGCUCCAGUCAGCCGGUCUCUCAGGCCAGCACCACAAAAGAAGCCUCAGCAGAAUUUCUGGAGUCUGCAAAGCCAGAUCCCUCCCAAAAGGUCAGAGCCUCGGAUGAAUAUACCGUUAAAGGUGCCAGAGCUUUCCAAACAGCUAAGCGUAGCAAUUUGAGAGCCCAGGACACCUACUCACAGGCCAGUGAGAAGUCUGUGCCAGAGGAUGAUCUCUUCAACAAACUUGAGGAGGACAUAGAAUUUCUAGAGGGUAAUGUAGCUGAGUCACAUCUCCAGUCUGCAUCAAGCUGCUUGUUAGCACUGCUCCACAUCCAAGCUCAUGUGUCACAGUUGGAGGGCCAGGUCCAGACACUGGAGAUAGAGCAGGCACAGCUCAGGCAGUUACUGAGUCUUCUCCAGCAGCAGCACCAGGAGGACUUGGAUCUCAUUACAUUUGCCCACAGGAGCCAUAUGAAGGUGGUGGAGAAGAACAACGGGCAGCAGGAGGACAGGCUGCAGCAAGAGGAGCAGCUGGCAGCUGAGCUCCCACUGCAUAGGCAAGACGUGGCCCCAGCACAGCAACAUUUCAUGCCACGGGAGCAGGAUAAGCAGCUCAAGGAGCUCCAGGACAGGCUGUCACAGCAGCAGAGGGACAUGGUGAAGGAGCGGAGCCAAUUUCAGGAGGUGAUUGCAAAACUGGAGGCCAGGCUGAGUGAGCAGACUCAGCUGCUGGAGCAGGAGCGUGGCAGGGUAAUGGUGGAGGAAGCCAAAGUGAAAUCACUGCAGUAUUCAAUGGAGAAGCAGCGACAAUUCAUGAGGCAACAGCUCUCCACAGAGCGAGAAGAGCUGGAGAGGGUGAAGAACACUUUGCUGGAGGAGCAAAAAUCAAUGCUACAGAAGUGUUCAGAGGAGCGAGGAAAGCUGGAGGCUGAGUGGGCAGAAUUCCAUACCCAAGAGAAGCUGAGGGAGGAGUGGGAGGAGCAGAAGAUGGAGCAAUCCCGACAGAUGGACCACACCAGGAUGAGACUGGCCAAGGAGCAGGCAGAGCUGAGUUUCCAGGGCCACAGGCUGAGAGCCAAGGAGGAGCAGCUGGAGAGGGACAGGGAACAGCUAGAUGAAUCCUGGCAUGAGCUGCAGCUAGAGAAGGAGAAGGUGAACAGUGCUACACAGCACAUCCAGAAGCAGAAGAAAGAGAUUAAAAGCCUGAUUGAACGCUCAUCCCAGAAGUAUAAACUAGGGAAGCGAGCCCUGCGGGAGGCACGCCGAAUAGAGUCCUUAUACCAGAACAAACUCCAGGCGACGCAGAGGCAGUUGGAGCAGUUGAGGCAGCAUCAAGAGCUUCUGCACCAGGAUUGGCUGAGCACAACUCAGCAGAGGAGACAGCUCGAACAGCUGUGCAGCACAGCCCAGAACCUCUGUGCCCCUAUGGAAAGCCUCUCCAGCACACAGUGCAGGAUGCACCCUCAGGAUGGCCUGUGGUAUUGCAGGAACAACACAGACAGCUCCGCUGCACUCAAUGCCACGCUGCAGAUGCUGAGACACAGGGCCCAGAUGGAGCUUGAUUUCUUGGAAGGUGAGCGCAUCUUCCUGGAGUCCCUGAAGAAAACACCCAAUUCUGCAUGA